AUGGUACGUUUCCAGGGAGGUGAGGUGGUGAAGGCAGAUGAGUUUAAAUACUUGAGUCAGCUGUUCAGAGUAAAUGAAGAAGAUGAUAGAAAGAUGAAGAAGAGAGUGCAGUGUUGUGUGGCAUCAACCAUAGCAGCCCUGGAUGAAGACCUGACCUGCUCAGUGUGCCGCGACACCUUCACUCACGCCGAGCCCCUGCCCUGUGGUCACAGCUUCUGCCCCACCUGCAUCCGUGAGGCCUGGGGCAGCCAGAGUGAGGGCAAAGGUCAUUUCACAUGCCCACAAUGCCAGGAGGAGCACAGCGAAGUGCUGGGCGACUGCUGCCCCCCAGAGGCGGAUGGUGGAAAGGCACCCUUAGCUGUCAAAACCUGUCUGACGUGUGAAGUGUCAUUGUGUGCGGCGCAUCUUCAGCCCCAUCUCGAAAGGCCGGCAUUUAGCACUCACCUACUUGUGGAUCCACUGGGCGACCUCUCUCAGCAAAGGUGUCCAACGCACACAGAGAUAUUUCGCUAUUUCUGCACCAAUGAGAGGGUGUACAUGUGCGGAGACUGUCUGCUGGAAGGAGGCCACACUCAGCACAAAGUGAAGCUGCUGAGGCAGGUGGAGAAGGACCUGAAGGUCAUCCUUGAGACUAUGUUCCGAAAAGCAGAGGAGAAGCUAAAAAAUGGAGAGCAAAUUCUUGAAGAGCAUCAGAAUCUUGAUUCCACCGUGGCUGAUGAGACUCAGGUGGAACACCUGGGCUCCAACUUGCAGGUCCACGUGAAGAAGCUGGUGGCAGCCCUGAGGGAGAUCACCAAGAAGGACCGAAAGCAGGUGAUAGAGCGUGUACAUGACGACUGCUGCAGGGUGAGGGAAGACAUGGUUCAGACACAACGUAUCCAACACUUCCUGACAUCACUGCUUGCAGAGUCCGAUCCCUUCCUGCUCAUCUGGGCUUUUCAAUCAGAUGACACCAAGUUACUUGCUGAUCUGGAGAGCCCACUUUUCAUCCCUCAUCCUGUCAGUUUGGACAGGAAGCACAUUUUGGAGGACACAGAGAACAAGUAUCGAGAGUUCAUUGCUGCCACUCUUCACUGCCUCAGUGAACUCAAGAGGGAGCUCUUAACCAGUCCGUUGACUCUGGACACAAACUCAGCCCAUCCUCUGCUGACCAUCUCUGAAUCACAUUAA